AUGGCUGCAAAUUCACGUUAUGAUAUCGAACUCCUAAAUUUUGAAGCCAGCUUCAUAAGGCUAUUGGACAAAAUAACUAAUGGUUCUCGAAUUGAAAUAAACCAAACAGGAACGACCUUAUAUUAUCAGCCUGGCCUUUUGUAUGGUGGAUCUGUGGAACAUGACUGUAGUGUCCUUCGUGGUAUUGGCUAUUACUUGGAGAGUCUUCUUUGCCUGGCUCCUUUUAUGAAGCACCCAUUAAAAAUAGUUCUGCGAGGAGUGACCAAUGACCAGGUUGACCCUUCGGUUGAUGUUCUUAAGGCAACAGCACUCCCUCUAUUGAAACAGUUUGGGAUUGAUGGUGAAUCAUUCGAGCUAAAGGUUGUGCGUCGAGGGAUGCCUCCUGGAGGAGGCGGCGAAGUGAUUUUCUCAUGUCCUGUAAAGAAGGUCCUGAUGCCCAUUCAGCUCACAGAUCCAGGAAAAAUCAAACGCAUCCGAGGAAUGGCACCUGUGGGUCAUCAACUCCAAGCUCCAUUUAAAAGAUUNCACAUGAAAGGAGCUAAUUCUGGGAAGUCUCCAGGAUUUGGAUUGUCACUGGUUGCUGAGACAACCAACGGCACCUUCCUCAGUGCUGAACUGGCCUCCAACCCUCAGGGCCAGGGAACAGCGGUGCUUCCAGAGGACCUCGGCAGGAACUGUGCCAGGCUGCUACUUGAAGAAAUCUAUAGGGGUGGAUGUGUGGACUCGACCAACCAAACCCUGGCUCUCCUGCUCAUGACCCUUGGACAGCAGGAUGUUUCGAAAGUCCUAUUAGGACCACUCUCUCCCUACACGAUAGAAUUUUUGCGGCAUUUGAAGAGCUUUUUCCAGAUUAUGUUUAAAAUUGAAACCAAGCCAUGUGGUGAAGAACUCAAGGGCGGGGAUAAAGUGCUGAUGACCUGUGUUGGCAUUGGCUUCUCCAACCUUAGCAAGACCCUCAAGUGAUAUUUUGUCACAAGAUGAGGCCCCAGUGCCUACAGACAAAGCAGAAGCUGCCAAGGGCACCAAAAGGACCAAGUCCACAUCUGUUCAUCAGGGACAGGAUAGCAACUUAUAUUAAAGACUUUCUUAAUUUUCCUUAAAAAAAGAAACAAUAAAACUCUCAAAUAAAUGACACCUGUAUUUUAUGUGGUUUCCAGCCAUUUCUCUAGUGGCAUUGACAUUCCCCAGGAGGCCCAUUCACACAGGAACUCCUUUGGCUUACCUGGAGGAAGAGUGUGCCCUCAGGACACCGUGAUGCUGCUAGCGCAGUAUCACAGCUGAUUUCAGCUGUGGUUUUUCAGCCCACAUCCCUGGGCUUCUGUUGUAUGACCGUUUUCCAGACCUGUGGAAGAAACAGUCUGUUACUGUUACUUCUGCAAAGACUUACCUUUUUGAGACUCAGUUUCCGUUAUAGGAAUUAAAUGAGAUAAUAUGUGGGGAAGUUCUUUAUGAGUCAUGUGGUACUAUGCAAACGUCAGAAAUUGGUGUAUUAGACUACUUUAUCACUUGUCUUCUGAAUGGAUUGCUCUCAUGGACUGUUCCUCAUCUGGUUCAUUGUAUAUAUAUGGGAAGGAGGGGAGGGGUGGCUGGGGAGGAUAGGGAUCUAACUGAAGUUAUUGCAUAUUUUCUGUAUCCCGGGAGUGUUAUACAUUUUUUAAUUUUAUUCUCACAAUGGCUGUAUGAUGUAAGUUUUAUUAUUUCCAAGAAAAUUUAUUGUCUGUGAGAAAAUUCCAAAAGAGUAUUUUGUUCCUUUGAAAUUUAUAUAUAAAUACAUUGUAUCUCUUGAUUUAAACAUCUUAAGUGUAAUUGAGUCAGAAUCUGGGAUUUUACCCUAUUUAUAAGCUAAUAAAUUAGAUUAUUACUGUUU